AUGAUCACUAAAAUGGAAACCAUACCUAAUGAAAUUCUUCUUCAUAUCUUUUCUUAUCUGUCAUGGUUCGAUAUGUUAACAUCUUUAUGGUCAUUAAAUAUGCGCUUAAAUUCUCUUGUAUGUUCAACUUUGUCGAUAAAUAACAAUCGGUUGAAUAGUGGUCUUCUUAUUACACAUGGUUUAUCUUAUAAUAAAUGUUGUUCGAUAUUAUUUUCAUUGAUUUCAAAUUCAUCAUCUUUUUAUUCUUCUAUUCGGCGUAUUCAUUUUGAUGACAAAAAUUCAAUGUCUUCUGAUCUUUGUUAUGACUGGUUAUUUAAUGAUAAAAAUAUUCUGCGUUUUCCUAAUCUUAAAUCACUUAUUCUUAUUCGAUGUGGAUCAAUUGAAUCGGUAGUUCAAAGUUUGUUUUAUCUUAUUAAACAUCAAUUAGAUGAUCUUACAUUAACAUUUGAUAAGCACGUAUUUGACCGGCUUUUUUAUGCAAAAAGAUAUUUGUCGGUGAUACCUGACGAUCUAAGAACGAACGCAUUAAGUACUGUUCGAUAUGCUGAAUUUGGUCUUCCAAGUUGUCAUAAGUGUAGAGGCGACGUAGCCCAUAUUGGCAAAUAUCUUGUACCUUUUCUUAGUACAUAUAUGCCUAAUUUACAAACAUUACGUCUUUGGCGACCAGAUGAUUUUCCUUGGACAACUAGUAAGUUUAUUUUACAUAAAUGA